GUAUGUUGUCUUUCAAAUGAGUUUUUGCCUACAGAUGAAAGAUAGCCUCCAGAAAUUCGGAAUUGUCAGUAACCGCGUGUAUUCAUGAAGUAGUACUAGUAUCAAUGACUUGGUAAUCAUCAAAAAGGCGGUAAGGACGAAUCAUGCAUGGUUCUUUUGCCCCGACACAAUGCUCGUCUCACUCGCCGCAUUCUAGAUUACUGGAAGACUACUAUGAUAUAUUGUUGGCUAGCAGACUAUCUAACUGGCUGCUCAUCAAUACUGAUCAAUUUUGUAGAGUCAAGUGGUGGAUCGGCCGAGAGCAUAACCGAUAUAUGUAUGUAACUUUGCACCGGCUGACCAAUACACUUCUUGAACAUGCGGAUCUGACUCGUGCCGGAAGCUGCUUGUUGUCUCCUUGGGGUCUGUUUCCUCACGCUGGCAUCAUCUCACAAGAAAUAAAUAUGCGAUGCCACACGGGGAAAUACGGAAGUUUUGUCUCGAUCCGAGCGUCCUCCGAAGGAUGCAACCGUCCACAGAGGCUCAGCUGUUGGGCAACCGGGAACAUAGGCAGCCAAUGGGAGGCCAUGGAAGAGCGACCGCGCAUGAGACGAAGGAAAAAAAGAAAAACAAGGAAACAAAAAAGGCCAUGACAUGUCCCUACUUCUUUCUACUGGUAUUACUCCGUACCUCUGUGUGAUUGGGAAGACAAGGUACGGUAAGGUUGUGUUCUGUAACGGAAGGGGUUUUUGUUUUGAGACCAAACAAGGAGCCUCAUAUUGUGCGUGGUUGAGGGAGUAUCAUGUCACUUGGAG